AUGAUAAUGAUGUUUUUUUUUAUUUUGAAUUAUCAACAAGAACGACAAAUAUGUCAUACAAAUAACUAUGAACUAUUAAUUGGACCAUGGUUUGAUUCUUUUAUUAAGCAAUCUAACAGUUAUGAUUCAAUAACCAAGAAAUCAAAAUUAUCUAAAGUCACAUCGAAGAAGUUGCAAAUGAAAUAUUUAUAUAACAACACUAUGCUAUUUCUACAUGGAAUAAAUGCUAGCAACGCAAAUUUUCAAUGUAUCUAA